UCUCGGCGUAGCCCUUGGUGGCGGGAAACGUUCGGAAGUUUUCGCGCCGAGGCGGGGUCAUCUGACGACCCUCCGCGCGGAACUGGAGCAUGGCGGGGACAGUGGUAUUGGACGACGUAGAGCUGCGAGAGGCGCAGAGAGAUUACCUGGACUUCUUGGAUGACGAGGAAGACCAAGGAAUUUAUCAGAGCAAAGUUCGGGAGCUGAUCAGUGACAACCAACACCGAUUGAUUGUCAAUGUGAAUGACCUGCGCAGGAAAAAUGAGAAGAGGGCUAACCGCCUCCUGAGCAAUGCCUUUGAGGAGCUGGUUGCCUUCCAGCGGGCUUUAAAGGAUUUUGUGGCCUCCAUUGAUGCUACCUAUGCCAAGCAGUAUGAGGAGUUCUACAUAGGAUUGGAGGGCAGCUUUGGCUCCAAGCAUGUCUCUCCCCGGACUCUUACCUCCUGCUUUCUCAGCUGUGUAGUCUGCGUGGAGGGCAUUGUCACUAAGUGCUCUCUAGUUCGUCCCAAAGUCGUCCGCAGUGUCCAUUACUGCCCUGCUACCAAGAAGACUAUAGAGCGACGUUAUUCUGAUCUCACCACCCUGGUGGCUUUUCCUUCCAGCUCUGUCUAUCCCACCAAGGAUGAGGAAAACAAUCCCCUUGAGACGGAAUAUGGCCUUUCUGUCUACAAGGACCACCAGACCAUCACCAUCCAGGAGAUGCCAGAGAAGGCCCCAGCUGGCCAACUUCCCCGUUCUGUGGAUGUCAUUCUGGAUGAUGACUUGGUAGAUAAAGUGAAGCCUGGUGACCGAGUCCAGGUGGUGGGGACCUACCGUUGCCUUCCGGGAAAGAAGGGAGGCUACACCUCAGGGACCUUCAGGACUAUCCUGAUUGCCUGUAAUGUGAAGCAAAUGAGCAAGGACGUUCAGCCUUCAUUCUCUGCUGAGGAUAUAGCCAAGAUAAAGAAGUUCAGUAAAACUCGCUCCAAGGAUAUCUUUGACCAGCUGGCCAGGUCGUUGGCCCCUAGCAUCCAUGGGCAUGACUAUGUUAAGAAGGCAAUUCUCUGCUUGCUCUUGGGAGGGGUGGAACGAGACCUUGAAAAUGGCAGCCACAUCCGUGGGGACAUCAAUGUCCUCCUGAUCGGGGACCCAUCGGUUGCCAAGUCUCAGCUUCUACGCUAUGUUCUGUGCACUGCUCCCCGGGCUAUACCCACCACUGGCCGGGGUUCCUCUGGAGUGGGUCUGACGGCUGCUGUUACCACAGACCAGGAAACCGGGGAGCGCCGUCUGGAAGCAGGGGCCAUGGUCCUUGCUGACCGAGGUGUGGUUUGCAUCGAUGAAUUUGACAAGAUGUCCGACAUGGACCGCACAGCCAUCCACGAAGUGAUGGAGCAGGGUCGAGUCACCAUCGCCAAGGCUGGCAUCCAUGCUCGGCUGAAUGCCCGCUGCAGUGUUUUGGCAGCUGCCAACCCUGUCUAUGGCAGGUAUGAUCAGUAUAAGACCCCCAUGGAGAACAUUGGACUGCAGGACUCACUGCUAUCCCGGUUUGACUUACUCUUCAUCAUGCUGGAUCAGAUGGACCCUGAGCAGGAUCGGGAGAUCUCGGACCACGUCCUUAGGAUGCACCGUUACAGGGCACCUGGGGAACAGGAUGGCGAUGCUAUGCCUUUGGGUAGUGCCGUGGAUAACCUGGCCACAGACGAUCCCAAUUUUAACCAGGAAGACCAGCAGGACACCCAGAUUUAUGAUAAGCAUGACAACCUUCUGCAUGGGACCAAGAAGAAAAAGGAGAAGAUGGUGAGUGCAGCGUUCAUGAGGAAGUACAUCCACGUGGCCAAAAUCAUCAAGCCCAUCCUAACUCAGGAGUCAGCCGCCUACAUUGCAGAAGAGUACUCACGCCUGCGUAGCCAAGACAGCAUGAGCUCGGACACUGCCAGGACAUCCCCAGUUACAGCCCGGACACUGGAAACUCUGAUUCGAUUGGCCACAGCCCAUGCCAAGGCCCGCAUGAGCAAGACCGUGGACCUGCAGGACGCAGAGGAAGCUGUGGAGCUGGUCCAGUACGCUUACUUCAAGAAGGUUCUAGAGAAGGAGAAGAAACGAAAGAAGCGAAAUGAGGAUGAAUCAGAGACAGAGGAUGAAGAGGAGAAAAGCCAGGAGGACCAAGAGCAGAAGAGCAAGAGGAGGAGGACUCGUCACUCUGAUGCCAAGGAUGGGGGCUCCUAUGACCCCUAUGACUUCAGUGACACAGAGGAGGAAAUGCCUCAAGUGCACACUCCAAAGACGACAGAUUCACAGGAGACCAAGGAGUCCCAGAAGGUGGAAUUGAGUGAAUCCAGGUUGAAGGAAUUCAAGGUGGCCCUCUUGGAUGUGUUCCGGGAAGCUCAUGCACAGUCCGUGGGCAUGAAUCGCCUCACAGAAUCCAUCAACCAGGACAGAGAAGAGCCCUUCUCUUCAGCAGAGAUCCAGGCUGCACUGAGCAAAAUGCAGGACGAUAACCAGGUCAUGGUCUCCGAGGGCAUCAUCUUCCUCAUCUGAGGAGAACUCAUUUCUGAAGUUUGGGGCUCUGCCAAGAACAUUUCUAAUAUAUUUCCUCUCCCUGCUUCUGCCAGCCUUUGCCUUCAUUUCCUGAAUAACAGUGUUAAUUGAACCGAAGUUGAGGGACACGUGACGACGCUGAGCUUUGGGAAUGGGUAAUGAAAGCUGGCGUGGGGUAAAGAAAAGAAAGUGGGCAAGGACUAAGACUGUUCUGUCUUCAUUCAUUCUCCUUAUCUCCCACCCAGAACAAACCAAACCAUUAUUCGCGGCAAAUAACAUAUAACUUCUGAGAAUCUGGGGGGAGCACAGCUGGUUUCUGCUCAUCCUUUCCUUGUUUGUUGGCUGUCUUUUCUCUCCUGAGUACAUCGAUCUGGAAUAGUCUUUGGGUUGUUCUGUGCUGGUAGAGUGAAGCUCUGAAGCAAGUCAUGAAGGCCAAGAAAGCUUUCUUUUCUGUAGCACCAAUUAAAACUAAUACAUACUUCUGACCUAAAUAUCGGAGACAAUGAAUAAACUUACCUAUUUUUAUAUUAUA